AUGUUUGGAGAUUAUGAUGAUGAGGAUGAGGAAGAUAAGGAUAAGGAUAGAGAUGAUGAAGAUGUUAACCUGGGUGACAAGACGUGGGUGUCAAGAAUCUACUUUCUUCCCGGAGGGGAUAAAGCCUCGAGACGUGUCAGAAUGUUAAAUGACAUGCAUCUAUUGUCAAGGGACGCUCCUCUGACCAAUCAUAGAGGAAGUUUGAUCCUAGUCUCGGAUCAUUUCUUCCAUGACCCCUACUACAUGGAGAUGCUUGGACGGUUUAUGUCUGGAGCCUGGAGGAGACGCGCUUGUUUUGCUCAGCAACAUGUCAGAAAGUCUCGAUGAAUGGCCAGGGGCUCUAGAUAGAGCACGCCAUUUUGGAGUUGAAAGAAUAAGGGUAUUAAAGCAAGUUCCCGGAGGUUGCAAGUUGCAUGUCCUUCUGCUGAAGGAACCAAUCUAGUCCAGUCCACCACUGGCUUUUAUCUCUUUUCUUAUGAUCAUCGUACAAACCAAAACUUUAAACGCCCUGUAGACUCUUCUCUGUCUCGAUGCUUCCACGUUACUUUGCAUCGGUCCUUAUCUCGAUACUCUUUAUGUUCUGUGUGAUUUGAAUCUAUGCUUUUAAAUCCAAGAUAUUUUAAGACUUUAUUGUU